UCCUUUUUUUAAAGCAAGCGUUGUCUGGUCAAAUAGUAAACUGUGACCUGUCAACAUGAUAGAGCGAACCAGAACACCAUUCGAGCACUUGUCUUCCUAUUCGGCUGGCCCAUAAGCGGGGGCGCGUGUGUGCCAAGAAGGUGAGCCGGCGCUUAAGGCGCCCUAUAGGAGCUCCCGGCCUCUAGUCCACGUCUGCAUUGCCAAAAUGAAUUAAUUUAUUCUAAAUAAAAAGUCCCUGUUUGCACCACCCGCAAUCCCCAUGUCCGUUAUAGAUUGAUUUUGUUUAUUUAUUACUGUCAAAAAAAUAAUAUUCAUUUAAUUAUUUUUGUAAGAAGAAAAAAGAAUUAAACGGACAUUAAGUUUUCCGCCCAAGAUUGAUAUUGAUAUAUGCUCAUCAAGUAUAUUUUUGUAUCUACAAUGACGGCUAUAUAAGCACUAUCUGGAUAUGAUUUGUUAUCAGCAUCAUAAACAUCAGAUAUACUACUCAUCAAGUCAAGACAAUCGUGCAUGCCACAAACCAUGGGUGCUUGUGAGGCUCUCUCCUGCCUAGUCCUCCUCUCACUCCUCGUCUCGUCAAGUGCUUCCACCCUAGACGACGCGUGCAAGUCCUUGGGCGCAAGCAACGAGGACAUCAGCUACGACUCCUGCAUCAGGUUCUUCCGGGCCUUCAGUGCCAGCGCCACCGCGGACAAGCGCGGCCUCGUCGUCAUCGCCGCGAAGAUCGUCCGAGCAGAGGCGGCGAACACCCGCAACCGCAUCAACGCUCUCAAGGCCUCGGAGACGGACAGGAAGAUCGCCAGGCGCCUCUCCCACUGUCACGCGCUGUACACGAGCACACUGCACCUGCUCAACGCGGUGGCGAAGGCCAUCAAGUCGGGUCAUUUGCAGGACGCGGAGGCGAACCUCAACGCCGCGAUGGAGAACCCCGACGCGUGCGAGGAAGGGUUCCGGGAGCUGGGCGUCAGGCCGCCGGUGGCCGCCGAGGACUACGAGUUCACGCAGGGGUGCUCCAUCGCUCUCGCUAUAGCGAGCACGUUGUAGCUAGCUAGCCCCCGAGGAUGUGAAUCAGACUAAUAGUUCUAGCAGCGAACAUUUGGAUAGAGUAAUAAACUCUUGGAACCCACGGUUUAAGAUCAAUGAACUUUGC